AAAAAAGAAAAAAAUAGCAAAGAAACAGACAAACAGAGCGCUGUGGUCUCCAACAUGAUGCUUUUUUUUUUUUCCUUCAGAAAAUAAUAUGGUAAAGAGUAACAGCAUCCGCCAUUCCUGCUCCCUUGGUCGAAGUCGUCCCACUAGAUGAUUCUCUCUCUCUAGCCCUCGCACUCCAUUGGUUUCAACGUAUCGCUGUUGUUGGCAUCGGUGCAGUUAAUGUUUUCGUCUGCAUGCUCCUCUGUUUGUUUCGUCUCCUCUACCCCAAAGUCGUCUCUUCUCCUGUACGGCCCCCAGUCCGCUCUCAUCUUUACUGAGAUAACCCGCAGCCCACCGCCCCCAGGGAAACAAACAAAAGACUACCCUUUCUUCUUCUCCUCCCUUUUACUCAUUCCCUUCUCUCCUCUCCUUUUCUUUCUGUUUGCCCUCCCCUAUUUAUUUAUAUCGGGGGACCAGCGGGGAAGGAGGAAGGCGUCUCUCUCUCUCUCUCUCUCUCUCUCUCUCUCUCUCUCUCUCAUUCUUCCUUGUGCCAGUGUUAGAUGUGGUGGCAUUGGGGCUCCUGAUGGGGAACUGCCAGACUACCGUGGCCACCGCCACUAGCGACACCGGUACUUCCGUCGCGGCUAGGAGGAGGAGGAACGGCGCCGGCUGGUGGAGAGGAGGGAGCAAUUGGUCGAAGUUGCUGCGGGAGGACCAGCUGUAUUUGGUGCCGGGUAGGAUCUUCUCGAACGAGGGCAGGAGCAGCACCUCCUCCAUCUACACCCAGCAGGGCCGCAAGGGCAUCAACCAGGAUGCCAUGAUCCUUUGGGAAGAUUUCGGCGUGGAAGGCGGCGUCCUCUGCGGUGUGUUCGACGGCCACGGUCCGCUGGGCCACCUCGUGGCGCGCAAGGUCCGGAAUGCCCUCCCUCUUAGGCUCCUCUACUCUCUUCCCCUCGGCGGCGCCGCCGCCCGCUGCACGGGACUCGGAUGUCUCGGGAGGAGGCGCGCUCCUCUGGCUCCUGCCGGCGAUGCGGAGGCGGGGAAGGAACACGAGGAGGCGGAGGAGCAGUUGUUGCUCUCAGCUUGGAGAGAGGCGUUCGUGAGGUCGUACAAAGCCAUGGACAAAGACCUCCGUUCCCACCCCACUCUCGAUUGCUUCUGCAGCGGCACCACCGCCGUCACCCUGCUCAAGCUGGGCUCCAAGCUUUAUAUUGGCAACAUUGGCGAUUCUCGUGCGGUCUUGGGGUCCAAGGAUGACAGCAGUGGCUCCAUUGUCGCUGUGCAAUUGACGGUCGACCUCAAGCCUGAUCUCCCAAGAGAAGCCGAGAGGAUCAAACGGUGCAGGGGCAGGGUGUUUGCGCUGCAGGAUGAGCCCGGGGUGCCGAGGGUAUGGCUGCCAUUUGACGACGCUCCUGGUCUGGCUAUGGCUAGAGCUUUUGGGGAUUUCUGCUUGAAGGAUUAUGGAGUGAUUUCCGUGCCGGAGUUCUUCCACUGGACGCUCACGGAAAGGGACCAGUUUGUCGUUCUUGCAUCUGACGGCGUCUGGGAUGUGCUUAGCAACAAAGAAGUUGUGGAUAUUGUGUCAUCAUCUCCCACUCGAUCAUCAGCUGCAAAGUUUGUGGUUGAAGCUGCUGCUCGUGAAUGGAAGCUUAAAUACCCUACCUCAAAAAUGGAUGAUUGUGCAGUGGUUUGCUUGUAUUUUGAUGGAAAAAUAUAUUCUGAAUCUGAAUCUGUGGAGAAUAGCACAACUAGUAUGGCCAACUGCACUUGUGAGGGCUCCGUAGUCGAAUUGAACGAAGCACACAACCAAGAACCCACCUUGGAUAGAAAUUUCACAGUGAGGUCAGCAGGAAACACUAGAAUAUCUGUUGUGGCUGAUGAAAACAAAGCAGAUAGCAUGGAGGACCAGAGUUGGUCAGGUCUGGAGGGAGUAACACGAGUCAACUCCCUUGUUCAGCUUCCAAGAUUUUUGGAUGAGAAGGCGACUGUCUGAUGCUUGUUGGGAAUUUCCUAGUUCUGUUUGAUCCAUCACCAUGCAACCUUAGUUCCUCUUAUGGAGUUGAGUUGUAAAUUUUGCACAAUUAUUGAGCAGUGCGGAGGUUUUGUUAGAACGUUUUGUCCGCCUUAGUUCAUGGGAAACGUUAAACCUGUGUAGGCUGGAAAAACUUUUUGCUGCUGUUUGUCUGAUUGCGUCCACUGGAUGAAUCAGUCAAGUAAACUGGUCCCAGAGUAUGUGAGCCUCACGUUGACACGUAUGAGUGGUCUCCAAAACCACCUACAUGAUUGAGUGUCCUUCAACACCGUUGAUCGAUGGCACGUGUCGUGACCCACUUUUCCAAUUCAACCUCAUCCUCGUGCCAGACGAUUUAGCUGCAGUUGAAUUCUAAGGAAGGAAAACCAUGGUCAAGCCCUCAAAUCUGCACGCUAGUCUAAAAAUGACAUCAAGGAUGUGAAACAUCCCGGAAGGACUAAUUCUUUUUGAGGUAAAUCCUGGGACUACUUUACCCCGUUGUUUCGGGGGCCUUCCUACAAACUGUAACUAUUUUCAACUAUGUAACAGGCAUGGGAUGCAAAAUGGUAUGAUGGGUUCCGGUGACAUA